UUUGGGACCACAGUUUAAUUACAUGCUCGGGAUUGCGACGGUUUGAACUUUCGGCAUUCGGGCUGUACCGCGGGCCCGCGGCCGUCUCUGGAGAGACGGGAGAGAACAUGGCGGCCCCCGGAUCCCGGAGCUGCAGCCUCUCGGGCCUGCUCCCGGCUCAGACCUCGCUGGAGUACGCCCUGCUCGACGCAGUCACCCCGCAAGAGAAGGACAGCCUGGUCUACCAGUAUCUGCAGAAGGUAGACGGCUGGGAGCAGGACUUGUCAGUGCCCGAGUUUCCGGAAGGAUUACAAUGGCUGAACACAGAAGGACCUAUUUCUGUCUACAAGGAUCUAUGUGGAAAAGUGGUUGUCCUUGAUUUCUUCACCUACUGCUGCAUAAACUGUAUUCACCUAUUGCCUGAUCUCCACACCUUAGAACACACAUACUCUGAUAAAGAUGGUCUUCUGGUUGUUGGUGUUCAUUCAGCUAAGUUUCCGAAUGAAAAAGUUCUGGAUAGCAUCAAGAGUGCUGUUCUUCGGUACAACAUCACCCACCCUGUGGUUAACGAUGCAGAUGCCAGCCUUUGGCAAGAUCUAGAAGUCUCCUGCUGGCCAACUCUGGUCAUACUUGGACCCCGUGGAAACAUGUUGUUUUCCUUGAUGGGCGAGGGACACAAAGAUAAAUUAUUUUUAUAUACUUCAAUAGCUUUAAAGUAUUACAAAGAUAGGGGACAGAUCAGAGAGAAAACAAUUGGAAUAAAACUUUAUAAAGAUUCUUUGCCACCUUCACCAUUGCUGUUUCCUGGCAAAGUUAUAGUAGACCAUGUUACCAACAGAUUAGUAAUAGCAGACACUGGACAUCACAGAAUUUUGGUCGUCUGGAAGAACGGACAGAUUCAGUACAGCAUCGGAGGACCUAACCCUGGAAGAAAAGAUGGAACAUUUUCAGAGUCAACUUUUAAUUCGCCACAGGGUGUAGCCAUAAUGAAUAAUGUGAUAUACGUGGCAGAUACUGAAAACCACCUUAUAAGAAAGAUUGACCUAGAAGCCGAGAUCGUGAGCACUGUAGCUGGCAUUGGAAUUCAAGGGACAGAUAAAGAAGGUGGAGCCAAAGGAGAACAACAACCCAUUAGUUCCCCUUGGGAUGUAGUUUUGGGAACAUCAGGUUCAGAGAUUCAGAGAAAUGAUAUUCUGUGGAUCGCCAUGGCAGGGACUCAUCAGAUAUGGGCACUUCUGUUGGACUCUGGUAAACUACCAAAGAAAAAUGAGUUAAAAAAAGGCACCUGCCUUCGAUUUGCUGGAAGUGGGAAUGAAGAGAAUCGAAACAAUGCAUAUCCUCACAAGGCAGGUUUCGCCCAACCUUCAGGUCUUUCUCUGGCUUCUGAAGAACCCUGGAGCUGCCUAUUUGUAGCAGAUAGUGAGAGCAGUACAGUGAGAACCGUCUCGCUGAAAGAUGGAGCAGUGAAGCACCUCAUAGGAGGAGAAAGAGACCCCAUGAAUUUAUUUGCCUUUGGUGAUGUUGAUGGAGUAGGAAUCAGUGCAAAGCUUCAGCACCCACUUGGAGUUACUUGGGACAAGAAAAGGAGUUUGCUUUAUGUGGCAGACUCCUAUAACCACAAGAUUAAAGUUGUGGAUCCAAAAACAAAAAACUGUUUAACAUUAGCAGGGACAGGAGAUGCAAGUAAUGUUAUCAGUUCCAGCUUUACAGAGUCAACUUUUAAUGAGCCAGGAGGCUUGUGUAUUGGAGAGAAUGGUCGGUUAUUAUAUGUAGCAGACACAAAUAAUCAUCAAAUUAAAGUGAUGGAUUUAGAAACAAAAACAAUUUCUGUGCUCCCUGUAAUCAGAUCUGAAAAUUCUGUGGUAGAUGGCCCAGUCCUACCAGACAAACAGAAGACAUUACCCAAACUGCCUAAAUCGGCUCCAAGCAUCAGCCUUUCCCCAGUGACUGCAUCUCCCGGCCAGACGCUUCAGUUCAAGCUAAGAUUAGACCUCCCAUCAGGAACAAAGCUAACUGAAGGAGUACCCAGUUGCUGGUUUCUAACAGCUGAAGGCAAUGAAUGGCUUUUUCAAGGACAGAUAUCAUCUGGAGAAAUAGAGAGCAUUUUCAAUCAACCAACGAUAUCAGUGCAGAUUCCUGGCGAUUGCUUAUCACUUGAAGCCACUGUAUCUAUCAGGGUGUUUCUUUAUUAUUGUAGCGCCGACAGCAGUGCCUGUAUGAUGAAGGGAAUUUUGUUCAGUCAGCCUUUACAAAUAACUGAUACACAACAAAGUUGCAUAGCUCCAGUUGAGCUCAAAUAUGUAUUUUAGCAAGCUAGCUGGCCACCCACCUUCACAGCCAUCUGUCCCCAAUCCUCACCAUGACUGUAACUUAUGAAAAGCUUUAUUUCUGCCUCUGCAAUACCAAGAAACCCGUUGCUCAGUUCCAGCAACAGAUAUUAAAAUAAAACCCUGUUCCUUUUCUACUUAUUUAUUAGAAGCAAAUUCCUUCAUUCUGGCUGUGGACCACCUGAGUACUGAUCAUCACUUGAACCACAAUUUUGUAAUCUCUGCUACUUUUUGGCACAAAACUAAAGUCCACAUUAUAGUAGAGAAUAUAAUUAUGAUAAGAUAUUUUGCAGUGAAUACUGAUACCAAAUAUUUUAACUGACUUUUUCUACCUUUAUUAAUAGUGAUCAACACAUUUGAAUGCCUAAAUGUCACACAGUUUAAACAGGACCUAAGAGCCAGUCCACAUGUUGUUUAAGGACACCUGCCAUUCUAGGCAUGAGAUCUGUUUUAAGCCAAGGUGUGUGUGUAUGUUGGGGUUGGGGGGACUUUUCAUCACAGUAGAAGUUUAAAGAGUACCUGAGUGGUAAAUCAUGUUCGUUCUUCUUGGCUGUGAUUUUCUCAGUUGAAAAUACAGUUAAAAAAGAGUUUUGAUCUGUUUUUAUUAUAAAUUGUUUGCUGUUUUAACAUACAUUACUACUGCUUUCUAACUUUGUAGAGAAGAAGUCAGAGGUAAAAUCUUAAGGGCAUAUAAACUCACUCCUUUAACUUUCCUGAAUGAAAACACAUAAAAAAUGACUCCCCGAGAAUAGUAUGACUUUCAAAGAGAAAAGAAUUUAGAGACACGUUACUGUCUAUGAUACUAUUUAACUAUAAGGAAUUUACUGUGGCAGCAGAAUCCAGUGAUAAGGGGUGUGUGUGUUAUCUUAGAAAUUGGCAUUUCUCUUUUAACUGUUACGUGCAGAUUUGUUGAGUUUGUUUUGGUUUGGUUUGGUUUGUUUCCCUGUUCAUAAUUUAAAUUACAGGCAUUUUUUGUGAUUUUUUUUUUUAAACCACUUUUUAAGCAAAACAUUGGAUGUGAAGUACUUUCAUGCUAUCAGUAGGUAUCACCUAUUGCCAUCUAGUCAGUUCGGAUUCGUAGGGAGCCUAUAGGACAGAGUAGAACUAACUGCCCCAUAGGGUUUCCAAGGCCAUAGAUCUUUACAAAAGCAGGCUGCCACGUCUUUCUCCUGCAGAGCGGCUGGUGUGUUCGAACCACCAACCUUUUGGUUAGCUGAUGAGUGCUUAACCACUGCGCCAUCAAUAGGUAUACUAUAUCCUAAUAUAUUACUCCUUAAAAUAUUAAGACUAACACAGUAAUUUGAUAACAUUUUGUUGUUGGUUUUAACCCCAAAGAAACAGCUGCUGAAGACAUAUUGAAAACUUUUUAAAUUAUUAUAAUUUACCUUUACAGCUAUUUAAAAGCCUGUCAUUGUUUGUCCUAAAACUGAUUCAACAUGUUCAUGAUUUAAUCAGCAUGCAAGAUUUUUUAAAAAACAUCAGGCAAAUUAUCUUUGUUUAUGCAAUAAAUAUUUAUAGACAAUAUGGCUCAAUAUGCCUUUUUCCCUUUCAAAAACAGUACUAAAUUUCAAGUGUAAUCAUUUAAGCACCUUUUCUUUAUAUUUUAAAAUAGUUUUGAAACAUAGUAUUGCCUUUUAUUCAGGUUAGAUAAAUCUGAGGUUUGAAAAUGCGCAGAUAAUGACUUUAAUUUGUACACCUGCUGAUGCUAACUUUUAAGAGGACAUUAAAAGGAAUCCUGUUUAUAAUUAUAUGUCAUUACUUCAUAAACCUUUU